AAUGACGCCAACAAAAGGGAAUCGGCGAUAGUAUCAAUUCAAACAACAACGUUCGUUUCCAGGCUGUACGAGAAAAUUAUUUUGCUGAAAAACUGAAUGGUUUCGAAUUGUUAAUUUAGAAAAACGAAUGCGAACAGAUAAUACACCAUAAUGCCGGUGGAGCACACAAAUAUAAAAGUGGCGGUGCGCGUCAGACCGUAUAAUGCUAAGGAAUUAGAACAUACACAGCGUAGUAUUAUCAAGGUUAUGGAUAGAUCGGCUUUGCUGUUCGAUCCGGACGAAGAAGACGAUGAAUUCUUCUUCCACGGCACCAAACAGAAUUACCGGGACAUCACAAAACGUAUGAACAAGAAGCUGACGAUGGAAUUUGAUCGCGUAUUCGACAUAGACAACACAAACCAGGAUCUCUUUGAGGAGUGUACGGCGCCGCUGGUCGACGCGGUGCUCAAUGGGUACAACUGCUCCGUGUUUGUGUAUGGCGCGACAGGAGCUGGGAAGACAUUCACCAUGCUGGGCAGCGACGCAACUCCCGGCAUAACGUUUCUGACCAUGCGCGACCUGUUCGAUAAGAUCCAGGCGCAAAGUGAUGUGAGGAAAUUCGAUGUGGGUGUCUCAUACCUGGAGGUAUACAACGAGCACGUUAUGAAUCUGCUCACAAAGUCGGGUCCACUAAAACUACGCGAGGACUCCAACGGUGUGGUUGUGAGCGGGCUGCGACUGACCCCCAUCUACAGCGCUGAAGAACUGCUGCGGAUGCUGGCUGGGAAUUCGCAUCGAACUCAACACCCCACCGAUGCCAACGCGGAGAGUUCGCGAUCCCAUGCCAUCUUCCAGGUGCACAUACGCAUCACGGAUCGCAAAACCGACACAAAGCGAACGGUCAAGCUGUCGAUGAUUGAUUUGGCGGGCAGUGAACGAGCGGCCAGCACCAAGGGUAUUGGUGUGCGCUUCAAGGAGGGUGCCAGCAUCAACAAGAGUCUCCUGGCGCUGGGAAACUGCAUCAACAAGUUGGCCGAUGGCCUCAAGCACAUACCCUAUCGUGACUCGAACCUGACACGCAUCCUGAAAGACUCUCUCGGCGGCAACUGCCGCACGCUGAUGGUUGCCAAUGUGUCGAUGAGCUCCCUUACAUACGAGGACACCUACAAUACCUUGAAGUACGCUAGUCGAGCGAAGAAGAUCCGAACCACAUUGAAGCAGAACGUGCUCAAGUCGAAAAUGCCCACAGAGUUCUAUGUGAAGAAGAUCGACGAGGUCAUGGCCGAGAAUGAGCGAUUGAAGGAGCGCAACAAGGCGUUGGAGGCGAAGGUGGCUCAGCUGGAGCGCAGUAGCAGCAAUGGCUACGAUCCCCAGGAGUUGAAGUCAUGGUACACCAAGAUAGAUGCUGUAUAUGCCACUGCGAAGACGAUCCAGGAGUGCACGAUCGGCGUACGGAGUAAGAUUAAGACUGUUAACUAUCGGCAGACGCUAAAAAAGGAUUUCGAGGAAUUCAGGAAGAUGUUGUCACAGGACCAACGAAUGUGCCAAGAGGACUACCGCCGAUUUAAUAACUAUAUGAGUACGCUGGCCAGUCAAAACAGCAAAUACACUGAGGAGCUGCCGGGCUGGCAGGCUAAAGUUCAGCACGCCUACCGAGAAGUGGAGAGUUUGAAGCGUGAGGUCAAUCAAUCGAAGCUUCAGCAAGUCCUUGGCCUGUAUGUAAAGAGCAAGGAUCUCGAACUGCAGAUGGCAAAACACAAUAUAUCCAGCAACCACCUGCACUUGAUCAACCGGGAGCUGGUGGAGAACUCGGACCUUAUACGCAAAUCCUUUACCACUGCCUGCGAUGUACUGAGCCAGGCGUAUGAUCGGCUCGAGGAGGCCGAGAAGUUGACACCAGAUAUUCAAGCAUUGUACGAUCGCCUGCAGCGAAAAAUGCGAUUCGCUGAAUCUGAGGCCAACGUUUUGGAAUUGGAAACGGACGAGACUGAGAAGCCUGUGUACAAGCGUUUGCUGGGCAGUGAAGAGGACGAGGAGCAAGCAGACACACUCACAGCCAGCGCCAAGAAGCGGCAGUUUGUGCGGAAAGCACAAAUUGAUGAUGAUCUCCAUUUGAGUGUGGACAGUACCACCGACAGCCUGGAAACAGAUUCAGACUCUGACGAAGCGCACAAGACAUUCAAGAUGCCACGUAACCUCAACCAGACGCAAGUCCUGGGCACUACAUUCAAUGCUCUGACAUCGACGGUAACAAAACAGCGUAAAGUCCACCAACGCAUUGUCACGGACUUGCUGUCCGAACAGAAUGUGCGCGGUGGCAAUGACAAGAUCAAACAAGUUCUGCUUAAAUCUAACAACUUUACUACCCAAGGACUGCAGCGAACCCUGGCCGCGGCCUCAAUAGCCAAGGAAAACGUAAAAUUCAACGGGAAUUAUGUGCGCAAGAGUCCGCGUGCCCUUGUGGCAAAAACAAUGGCGGGAAGUUCAACGCUAACCCGUAAACCACUGGGAUCGGGAAGUAAGGAGCCGCCAUUGGUAAAGUUCAAUCGGGCCGCAUCGUUUCGCUUGAAGAAAUGAGGAGGAGGGACGCUGUACACGUUAGUUUUAAUUUUUGUUCGCUUUUUAUUAUUUAACGAUUUGAUGUGUUGGGGACUCGAAACCAUUUAAUGCCCACAGAACAUCAGAACAUUAACCCAUCCAAAUUCAAAACCUUAAACCAUAUUCGUUUUGAGUUGUUUAUUCAAACAGAAAUACCCUACCCUGAAUAUAUUUAUGUACGUUAAUUUUAUAAGUUGAAUGAGAACUGCGUUACGCGCUUUAUCUAAAAAUAUAUGGCCGCUUCCUUGCCAUCA